GUCAGGAGACGGGGGUAAGAAUCUCAUUCCUGAACUUCUCGCUGGGGAUGUGCCAGAUGUCCCACCCUGGGGCAGAACAGGCCCUAAGCCAGGCACUGCCCCCAUCCCACAGCCUGUCCCAGCACUGGCAGAGAGGGGGUAACAGGCUGAUGGGUGAGCGUGCGUCACAGGCCCCGCCUCCCUGAGUUACCUGUGUUGUGCAGGCAGCUCACCUUUACAGGUAACCUCUGAGAAGCUGCAGCCACGCCAGCCCCCUCCUCCCUGUCUCUGGAGCUGUGAGUGCUACAUAGAGUGGGAGGGAGUAGGACAGACUCACAGAAGCCAGAAGGAAAGGGCUCACCUCUCACACACGCUCAGCAGCUACACUGGCUUGUUCCAUCUGCCCUUAUUCCUCUCCCUGUAACCAACCCUGACACCGCUCCGCUGGGGCAGCAGUUACAGGUGGAAGCUCCUGUGGGAGCAGGCGCUCUGAUCCCUAUAAGAUGAGAGUCCUCCAUUGUCACCUGUGUCUCUGUGUUCUGCUGUGCUGGGGUGCAAGUGGGGACAACGCAGUAACCCCUCGCCUGAAAUUGUCUUAUCGUGAUCUGUCUCUGCACGGCCUGCGCACCUACGUGCUAGAGCGCUCUUGCUGUUACGAUACCCUCCUAUUGGAUGAGGAGCGCGGGCGGCUCUUUGUGGGAGGAAAGAAUUACCUGCUGUCGUUGAGUCUGGAUAACAUUACUCGGAAUGACCUUGUGAUACACUGGCCGGCGCCUGUGGAAUGGAGGGAGGAAUGUAACUGGGCAGGAAAAGACAUUAAUACAGAAUGUAUGAAUUAUGUGAAGGUCCUGCAGCAAUAUAAUCGCACUCACCUGUUCACCUGCGGGACCGGAGCAUUCCACCCGGCCUGCGGCUACCUGCACGUGGGGCAGCGCACCGAGGAUCCAGUGUUUAAAUUGGAUAUAAAGAGGCUGGAGGACGGGAAGGGGCGGUGUCCGUAUGAUCCUAAACACACAUCAGCUUCUGUGCUUGUCGGGGAUGAAAUAUACUCUGGAGUUGCUACUGAUCUUAUGGGGCGAGAUUUCACCAUAUUCCGGAGCUUGGGAAGACGCCCUCCUCUGCGCACAGAACAGCAUGAUUCCCGCUGGCUGAAUGAACCCAAAUUUGUCAAAGUGUUUUGGAUUCCGGAGAGUGAAAACCCAGACGAUGAUAAAAUCUACUUCUUCUUUCGGGAGACGCCCGUUGAGGGUCUGGGAGGUGUCAAACAGUCCUACGCCCGGAUAGGGCAGAUAUGCCGGAAUGACAUGGGAGGACAGAGGAGCUUAGUGAAUAAAUGGACGACGUUCCUGAAGGCUCGCCUUGUGUGCAGGGUACCUGGCAAUGAGGCAGGGGGCGACACCUCCUUCGACGAGCUCAGAGAUGUAUUUCUGCUGCACACCAAAGACAGGAGGAACCCGCUGAUAUAUGCUCUAUUCUCCACCUCCAGUUCUGUGUUCCGUGGCUCUGCAAUCUGUGUCUACACAAUGAAUGAUGUCCGCAGAGCUUUUCUUGGACCCUUUGCUCACAAGGAAGGACCCAACUACCAGUGGGUGUCGUAUCAGGGCAGAGUGCCGUAUCCACGGCCCGGGAUGUGUCCAAGUAAAACAUUUGGAAGUUUCGAAUCCACCAAAAACUUUCCUGACGACGUGCUGCAGUUUGCACGGAAUCACCCGCUCAUGUUUAACCCUGUAACACCCGGCUCUGGCAGGCCCAUUUUCCUGCGCAGCCACGGGGAAGUCAUGUUUACAAAGCUGACCGUGGACAGGGUGACUGCCGCUGACGGCGAAUACGACGUUAUGUUCAUCGGAACAGAUGUGGGUUCCGUGCUGAAAGUCAUCUCCGUGCCCAAACAGAGCUGGGACCAGAUGGAGGAACUGGUUUUGGAAGAGCUUCAAGUCUUCAAGGACGAAUCUCCCAUCACCGGCAUGCAGAUAUCAUCUAAGCGACAACAACUGUAUGUGAGUUCUGCGAGAGGCAUUUCCCAGGUGCCCCUGCAUCGCUGCGGUAUCUAUGGGAAGGCUUGUGCCGAAUGCUGCUUAGCCAGGGACCCUUACUGUGCCUGGGACGGUGCCAGCUGUACACGGUACCUGCCCAACACCAAGAGGAGGUCUCGUCGCCAGGAUGUUAGGAAUGGGGACCCCAACACAUUAUGUUCAGGGGAGCAGCAGCGGCUCAGUGUACAGGAGAAGAGGCUGGUCGGCGUGGAGGGGAGCAGCGUUUUCCUGGAGUGCCUCCCCAAAUCCCUGCGCGCCCAGGUCACAUGGAUUCAUCAAAAGUCGCCUGAGUUACCCAGAAAAGAGGUGCAGUUUGAUGAGCGAGUAAUAAAUACAGACCGCGGGAUUCUCCUGCGCAGUGUAAUGCGCCGGGACGCUGGGACGUUUCUCUGUCAUGCAUCAGAACAUGGAUUUACUCAGGUCUUACUUCAUCUAAAUCUAGAGGUCAUCCCGUCCUCCAGAGCUGAGGAACCAUUAGGACCCCAGCGUGUGCCGCAGAUGAGAUGGUACCAGGACUUUAUGCGGCUUCUUCAGCAGCCGGGUUCCAAAGGAGAACAGAUGUGUGAAGAGCUGUGGGCUCGGAAAGGCCGGAGCCACCACCCACCAGGCCCACACGGGGCUCCGCAACUUCCAGCCUCUAAGGGUCCUGGACGGCCACUGCCUCCACUUAGCAUGAAGGCAAAGAAAUGGAAGCACCUGGAGGAUAAGAUAAAAGUGAGGAGUCGCCGGACGCAUGUGCAUCAAAGGGCUGAGCGGGGACCUCGGAGUACCGCAAGCUAGGUACCUGGAUUCACAAACAUAUGAACCUUUAAACUGUAGAAAGAGAAAGGGCUGGUAAGGUGGAAACUCUGGUGGGGGGUCUGUCCUCUUCCACGUGUUCCUUAUUGAGGGCUCGUAGACUGUAUCUCGGAGCAAGGUAUAAAUGUACAGAGCAUUGCAUGGUAACCCAAUCUUCUACCAAAGAGUAUUGCUUCAUUAACUCCGGAUAAAGAUGCUGGACAAGACACGAUCAUGACACCACUUCUGUUCUUCCAGUUCCACGCUGUCUUUAUGUAUUUAUAAACACUCCACAUCAUGAAGGGGCCUAAGGACCAGGGAUUCUGCCUGAUGACUGGUUACUUCUCUGCGGUAGACACAUCCAAACACUAUCCUGUCCGGAUGCCAAAUUUGGCCUUGGCAAUGCUCUCCAAUGACAAACUCAUUCCAAGAGCACAAGUUCAUGACUGAAACCAUUUUCAACUGGGGAGAAUCCCACAACGUAGGGGGUAUGCAGUUCCUACACUACACAUCUGCACAGUUCCGCAUGUUAAUGAGUUAUUCGUUACGUAGAUGAACACACACACAUGUACGUUUCUCUGCACAGUUCUGCAUGUUAAUGAGUUAUUCGUUACUUAGAUGAACACACACACAUAUGUUUCUCUGCACAGUUCCGCAUGUUAAUGAGUUAUUCGUUACUUAGAUGAACACACACACACAUGUACGUUUCUCUGCACAGUUCCGCAUGUUAAUUAGUUAUUCGUUACGUAGAUGAACACACACACAUGUACGUUUCUCUGCACAGUUCCGCAUGUUAAUGAGUUAUUCGUUACUUAGAUGAACACACACACAUAUGUUUCUCUGCACAGUUCCGCAUGUUAAUGAGUUAUUCGUUACGUAGAUGAACACACACACAUGUACGUUUCUCUGCACAGUUCUGCAUGUUAAUGAGUUAUUCGUUACUUAGAUGAACACACACACAUAUGUUUCUCUGCACAGUUCCGCAUGUUAAUGAGUUAUUCGUUACUUAGAUGAACACACACACACAUGUACGUUUCUCUGCACAGUUCCGCAUGUUAAUUAGUUAUUCGUUACGUAGAUGAACACACACACAUGUACGUUUCUCUGCACAGUUCCGCAUGUUAAUGAGUUAUUCGUUACUUAGAUGAACACACACACAUAUGUUUCUCUGCACAGUUCCGCAUGUUAAUGAGUUAUUCGUUACUUAGAUGAACACACACACACAUGUACGUUUCUCUGCACAGUUCCGCAUGUUAAUUAGUUAUUCGUUACGUAGAUGAACACACACACAUGUAUGUUUCUCUGCACAGUUCCGCAUGUUAAUGAGUUAUUCGUUACGUAGAUGAACACACACACAUGUACGUUUCUCUGCACAGUUCCGCAUGUUAAUGAGUUAUUCAUUACGUAGAUGAACAUACACACGUACGUUUCUCUGCACACAAGUGGUUCUUCUAUGGUAAUAAGUCUACAUGCCUAGAAGUCAGUCAAAGCUGAAGUUGAGCCGCAAAUUACUUAAAAGGAAGGCUGCCGCUAUGUGCGCUGCUCCAGUUCUUAGCCUAUCAAUUCCCUCUAGUGACAUCACGGCGGCACAAGCAGGGCGUACAGGCUGCAUUCUGGUGCAUCACACACACUGGCAGCCUUCAAUGUCUAUAGGAGACGUGUCCACAGAGGUGUACACACAUUAUAAGUCUCUAUCGCCCCUUAGGAAGAUACAGAUAGUCCACGUUUCGAUACACAAGAAGCUAAUGUUCACCCAGAAAACACUCUGCGAUAAUCACUCCACCAUAUCUGAAUCGCCCAAUAGAAAUGGUCUUGAAUAGGCGGUGCCACACUCCUUGCCGAAGCUUCCAUGUAUAUAUCUCACGGUCCUCUACAUUUCACCCCUGAUAUUCCCAGCACGUCUCCCCAUGUCCAAGAGGUCAACGGAACUAACAAGACCCCCUUAACCAGGCUCCCACUAACCCCCACCCCAGGUAUCGGCAGACAACAUUUCUGUUAGUGUAAAUAGCGUUAAAGUCUAAAUUAAUCCUUUCUGCUGCUACAGUUUGUGUGAUCGGCUUGGUCUGGUCACUGCUAUGGUCACGACGGUCCUGGACAACAGGUGGAAGUUGGAGAUGGAAAAUGACUUAUUAAGUUAACACAAUAAAAUCAGUUAUUUAAA